CGACCAGAGGAAUAGCGUCUUGUACCCUGGUGCUCGGUGUCUCCUCCUCGGUACUCUCACAACACCGACUCCUCACUGGAGAGGAAUAUAUUUAGAGGGGAAUCCUUGUUUGUGAAGGUGUAACAACUGUAUCUUGUGUGUCUUCAAGCACUUAAGAUUUUCAACAAGCUGGGAAUGUGGAGAACUGGUGAUAUAACCGGAUGGUGCAGGAUAGUUGUAGUGAUGGUGGCGCUAGAGGCGACCCAAGUACUGGCUGUACCUAAACUAUACGACACUGACCUCUUCACUAACUCCCGUCAAUACUCCAGCAACGAUGUCUACCCUUCCGAGCAUGUCGACUCCAGCCUUCAUCAGCCCAAGUUUUCAAAGGCUCUGGCUGUCAACAUGUCUCAAGUUACUGACCUGACGAUGUAUAUCAUGGAGUUUGUGAGGGACCGUAAGAUCUGUCUGUCCCAGACUUUCAGCAACCUCUUCUUAAGCAACGAGACCUCUAAUAAGGCCAAGAAUUGGUGGAGAAGGCGAUGCGGACGCCGCGCAAUCACCAAGAAUCAACUAACACCAAAGUCAGAAAGUACGUUGAUCAGAUACCGUCGCAAAAGUUCAAAUCGUUCGAAUUCGAAACCCAAGAAAACACUGGACCUGACUGAUAGCGAAAUGAAGAAACUUCAAGCCCUGUUGAAGGACAAGAAGGUCCAGUGCAACCCCAAGAAGGUGGUUGUUGAACUUCCCAACCAAGAACCUCACUUACUGACACUGAAGCCUUCGUGUGUGUACAUCAAGCAGUGUGGUGGUUGCUGCGACUCCUCCCACCUCGAGUGUCGACCCACUGUUACCAAGAACAAGAGGUUCAAGGUGCUUGUUAUCAAGAAGAGAGACUUAUCUCUCCCAGGACCACAACCCUUCAAAACUGUUGUCGUGGCAGAACACAAGAAAUGCCAGUGCGAGUGUAAAGUACGCAUGGAGCAUUGUACAGGCAACCAGCUGUAUGACAGUGAUGCCUGUAGCUGCUACUGUCCCCAGGAAUCCCACAAGAAUUGUUCCAGUGGCAAGGUGUGGGAUGAUCAGCAGUGUGAUUGUGUGUGUAGUGGUGUAUCAGAAUGUACCACUGGCAGAUACUUUGAUACCAACUCCUGCAGGUGUGCAGAUCCCCGAGUAUAAAGAUCUUAUGAACUUGUAACUCUGAGUCAGAGACAGCGAGACAGUUCUCACAGACACACCGGCAACCCCACACACUGCCGCUUUCUUCUUUCCUUAGUCCUAAUUAGUAACUGAAGAAAGUUGGGUGGGCAUCAGACCUGUGUCUUGGUUCACUUUGGUAAUGAGGUCAACUUGACACACGUGACUUGCAACUCAUUACCUUGUAUAGUAUUCUCAUCUACCUCCAGCGCCUCCAUCUACUUGGGUAAUGAGUAGAACUCGACACCUGUGACUGGCAACUCAUUACCUGACACAGUACAAUCUUCAGCCCCAGCAUUCUCAUGGUUCUUGUAAAUCCUUCGUCUUAUUUCCAAUUCUUGCAUUCACUAUACACUGACUGAUUGCUUCGUAAUUUGUUUAUCUUUUAUAGAUAAUUACGUUGAGGGACACUUUUUUUCAUUUUGAUGUCUUUCAAUGCACAGACACUUAAAGCAAGAAUCAGUGUAUCCAAACAAUGAAUUUCUUGAUCUGUUAGAAGAACUUACCAGUUACUCUGAGAGCAUCUGUUUUCUGGCUUUAUAGUAACUGUUCAAUGACAGUCACAGUACCGUAGUUGCAGCUUUAGUCACAGUACCGUAGUUGCAGCUUUAGUCACAGUACCGUAACUACAUUACAGUUACUACCGUGGCUGCAAAAUUUCACAGUUGACCCACAACUUGGAAUUGAAAAUAGAGUACGUUUUGAUGUGUCUCGAACUGACUGUAGUCAAGGACAGACCGAAAAGUUAUUUAGUUUCAUAUCCAUAUUAAGUCACUGUAUGACCCCUCCAAUUUCUGGGUUGUGAAAUGUUACUUGUUUUGUGUACUUGUCAAAAGAAAAAGUGUUGUGUUGUAUUGUGUAAUCUUGUCUGUGAACGUUAAACAUUGUUAUGCAGUGCAGCGCAUUCUGCAGUCUACGUACAGUGUGUCCUGCAUGGCUUACCAGGGCUCAGGACUACCCUGAGGCUCACGUCCUGACCCAUCCAUGUCCUUGUCCACUUUGCAGAUGUCUGAGGCCUUGACUCGCAUUCCAGACCUCCCUGUGGGUGAACCUCCAGAUCUCGGCCCUCUUCCUUGGCCACACUUGGACUUACCAAAGAAGACGAGCAACACUUGAUAAUUUCACAAGAACGUGAAAUAUAAUAAACAAAAAAAAAAUUGAAAACAAAGAUUUGGGUCCAGUUUCAACGUGACAUGUAACAGGGCCUCUAUCAGCUGACGAUGACAUGUGAGAUGACCUUUUCCAGCUGAAGAGGCCAUGUUAUAUGGCCUCUUUUUAGCUUAGGAGUUGGCCAGUUUUAGAUGAAGAGUCCAUUUGAUAUGACCUCUUCCAGCUGAGGAAGCCACAUGACGUAACUACUUUUAGCUGGAGACCAUGUGAUAUGACCUCUUCCAACUGAAGAGGCCAUGUGACAUACCCACUUUUAGCUGAAGAGGCCAUGUGAUAGUUUUUACUAACAUGAACAACAAUCUUAUAUAUGUAUAUAAUUUCAACCACUGUAUUCUUGCACUAAGAGCUGUAUAUUAAAGUGAGAAAUAUCCCUCAGGAAGACUUCGCAAUGGAAUUAUACGAGAUUGAUCUGUUCUUGUCUCUCCUGAAGUAACCAUCGAAAAUGAAUCUUAAAAAUAAAUAUGAAACUUGUAUUAUGUAUAAUGUAUCGCACUGUCAUAUUCCUUACAUCUGUGAUUAAUUAGGUAAUAGGUUAUUAAUUAGGUGAUAGGUUAUUUUAAGUGUUGUAAAAAAGCCUGCUCAGCGGGAAGGUUGUAAAGUACAUUACUUAUGUACCUGCUGAAUUCGUGGAUUUUUUUUCCUAAUCCAUCCGUUUUCCUCUCAUCAUUUUCAUAACCAAAUGGGUAGAGAUUGUGGCAGAUAAGACUAUGACAGGUGUAACUAAUCAAUGAAACACGUGUUUUAUCUAUCAACUUGUCGGUGUUGUGUACCAUCAAAAGACAAAUGUAGACUCAGGAUAAGUCGUAAUAAACGACUGUCAGUGAAUAAACAGGAGAAUUGACAGGGAUUCGAACCUCACUGGUAAAUCACUGGACCUAUUAUGUGUCGUGACCACGGUUCGAAUUCUGGUCCAUUUUGUUUAUUCAAAACAAAUGUAAUUAUUAUCCUAUUCAUUGGGAAGAAUUAAACCCAUACAGGUUAUAAAACGCCCGAGGAAUGGAAGGAAGGUGCUCGUUGCUGUAAUUACAAAAAUCAAGAACCCUUCAGGAUCAAGGCAAUAGAGAUGUCAUCAAUAUUCUUUCUCUUCAUGGAAGGUGCCUUCGCGCCGGUGAAUGGCUCUUGAUCCAAAGAAUUGGAGCUGCCUUCCUUUGCAACGAUUCUGAUUGCCGCCAGUUCCUCCAGGCGCCGUAUUACCUCUAAGGGUUUACCUUUCCGCCCAUUAAAGUCAAUGAAUAACAAAAAGGCACAUACCGUGAUUGGAAAAUACACAAAUAACCCGCACAUAGGAGAGAGGAGCUUACGACGACGUUUCGGUCCGACUUGGAUCAUUUACUGUCACACUAACAAAAAGGUAAAUGGUUCAAGUCGGACCGAAACGUCGUCGUAAGCUCCUCUCUCCUCCGUGCAGGUUAUUUGUGUAUGAAGUCAAUAUAUGAACCGGACACCUGGCAGCAACCUCUGCCCAGGAUGACUAGCGUAGUGGCCACAGGUGUGAAAGCUUGUGUCGGGACAACGUUUCGCCCUUGUAGAACUAACAAGUCAUGAUUUGUCUCAGUAAAUGCUGGCCUUGGACAUAACGUCAGUUUGUCUUCACACACUCUACCCGAUUGUUUUUUCUUCUGAAAAGAUUUAUUGACAUUUAUUUACUGAUGAAAUAAUUCCCGUUGCAAUUUUUUUUUUUACUAAAUUAUAUGUUACCGAAUCUUAUAGUAAUAAGUAUUUAAAUAUAUUUAUUUGUGAUGUAUUUUUUAUAUGGUAAGCAAUUGUUGUCACUGUGUAAAUUGAGAAAUGUAAAUGAGGGAGUGUGUGUGUGUUUUGAGGGAGAAUGUGUGUCUUGAGGGAGAGAGUGUGUCUUGAGGGGGAGUGUGUGUGUCUUAAGGGAGAGUGUGUGUAUAAGUGUCUUGAGAGAGUGUGUGUGUGUCUCGAGGGAGAGUGUGUGUCUUGAGGGAGUGUGUGUGUGUCUUGAGGGAGUGUAUGUGUCUCUUGAGGGAGUGUGUGUGUCUUGAGGGGGUGUAUGUGUGUUUAUGUCUUGAAGGAGUGUGUGUGUGUGUGUGUCUUGAGGGAGUGUGUGUGUGUGUGUGUGUGUGUUAUGAGGGAGAAUGUGUGUGUGUGUCUUGAGGGAGAAAGUGUGUAUGUGCGCAGGUGUCUUGAGGGGAAAAGAGUGUGUGUCUUGAGGGAGAGUGUGUGUAUAAGUGUCUUGAGGGAGAGUGUGUGCAUAAGUGUCUUGAGGGAGAGUGUGCGUGUGUCUUGAGAGAGUGUGUCUCGAGGGAGUGUGUGUCUUGAGGGAGUGUUUGUGUGCGUGUGACUUGAGGGAGUGUAUGUGUGUAUGUCUUGAGGGAGUGUGUGUGUGUGUGUGUCUUGAGGGAGUGUGUGUGUGUGUGUAUUGAGGGAGUGUGCGUGUGUGUUUUGAUGGAGAAUGUGUGUGCGUUUUGAGGGAGUGUGUAUGUGCGUAAGUGUCUUGAGGGGAGAGAGUGUGUCUUGAGGGAGAAUGUGUAUAAGUGUCUUGAGGGAGAGUGUGUGUCUUCAGAGAGUGUCUCGAGGGAGAGUGUGUCUUGAGGGAGUGUGUGUGUGUCUUGAGGGAGUGUGUGUGUGUCUUGAGGGAGUGUGUGUUUCUUAAGGGAGUGUGUGUGUGUGCCUUCAGGGAGAGUGUGUGUGUGUGUCUUCAGAGAAAGUGUGUGUACCUUCAGAGUGUGUGUGUAAGUGCGUCUUAAGAGAGCAUGUGAUGACUGCUGCUAGUCACUAGGAUACAGUUAAUUUAUGAGCCUACUGCUACUACACUACCCCAUAUAUUUAAAAUGAAUCUCUGGUGUUGAAUAAAGACUAUUGUGAAAAAUG